AUCCGAAUUUAUAUAUCCACAAAUACUUGGAAGCUCACUCCGAACUGAAUACUAACAUAUACUUCUCUAGUUAUGAGAUACAUUCGUACGGCAAGCUUCAAGAAACUAUUUCAUAUUAGGCGUCCCAGAAGCUCCGAUGAAGAGGAAUGCCCAAGAGUGUCUCUUUCGAAUGACCAAGAACACACGAAUGGUGAGUUUAAGAAAGAUUUCACUCCGACAGAGACAUCUCAAGCUCAAAGGUGCAAUUGGAAAGGCUUUUGUUUCGAUGAAAUCUUUAUAGCAACCCAUGGUUUCAGCUCAGAGAAUUUAGUAGGAAGAGGAGGGCAUGCAGAGGUAUACAAAGGAGUGUUAGGAAACGGAGAUGCAAUUGCUGUGAAAAGGCUGACGGAUUCGUCGAAUGAUGAGAAGAAGGAGAAGGAGUUCUUAUCAGAGAUUGGAACAUUAGGCCAUGUUAAUCACCCAAAUGUAUCUUCACUUCUAGGCUGUUGCACUGACAAUGGGCUUUAUUUGAUUUUUCACCUCAACCCCAAGGGGUCUGUUGCUUCUCUUCUUCAUGAUAAGAAUUUACCAACAAUAGAUUGGAAAUCUAGGUACAAGAUUGCGGUUGGAACUGCUUCAGGCCUUCAUUACUUGCACAAGCUUUGUCCAAGAAGAAUUAUUCAUAGAGAUAUUAAAACUUCCAACAUUUUGGUCACCGCAGAUUAUGAGCCGCAGAUAUCUGACUUUGGAUUAGCUAAAUGGCUGCCAUCACAAUGGACUCAUCAUUCUAUUGCUCCCAUAGAGGGAACAUUCGGGCAUUUGGCACCGGAAUAUUUCAUGCACGGGAUCGUGGACGAGAAGACUGAUGUUUUUGCUUUCGGAGUAUUUUUACUAGAAAUCAUCUCCGGCAAGAAAUCAGUGGAUAGCUCUUACCAAAGCUUGCAUGGCUGGGCGAAACCGAUACUAAACCAAGGAGUUUACGAAAAGCUAGUAGAUUCAAGGCUUGAAGAUGCGUAUGAUAUCGCAGAGAUGAACAGACUAGCAUUUGCAGCAUCUCUCUGCAUUCGAGCUUCUCCCAAAUGGCGCCCAACAAUGACCGAGGUACUGAAAGUAAUGGUGAUGCAAGGAGAAAUUGAGAAAGAACAGUGGAAAAUGCCCGAAGAAGAAGAGGAAGAUGAGUUCCGGGGUUUCGAAGACCUUGAAUGUGAAUUUGAUAGCUAAUUUUCAACUUCUCUUUUCACUUUUGGUUGAUGAAUUUUCGGUUUGAUUUUUACUUUAAAUAUAACUACUUUUAAGUGUU